CUCCCGCUCGCGUCUCCCGCCGCCUCUCGCUCCUCCUCCUCCACCUCGUGGUGGUUGUUGUAGUCCACCUCUUUGUGCGUGUAGUGGUGGUGGUUGUAGUUGUUGUUGUAGUAGUUGUUGUUGUUGUAGUUUACCUCAGACGAUGUCGGCCAUCAAAUGUCUGAACCCCAAGGCGGAGGUGGCCCGGGCACAAGCGGCGCUCGCCGUGAACGUGAGCGCCGCGCGCGGCCUCCAAGACGUCUUGAGGAGCAAUCUCGGGCCUAAGGGAACCCUUAAGAUGCUGGUGUCUGGCGCUGGAGACAUCAAACUCACCAAGGAUGGCAACGUCCUGCUGCACGAGAUGCAAAUCCAGCACCCGACGGCAUCGCUCAUCGCCAAGGCAGCGACGGGUCAGGACGACGUGACGGGAGACGGGACCACCUCGUCCGUGCUGCUCAUCGGAGAGCUGCUCAAGCAGGCCGACGCUCUCAUCUCAGAGGGCGUCCACCCUCGCCUGGUGACGGAGGGGAUUGAGGCUGCCCGUGACCGUGCCCUGCAGCUGCUGGACUCUGUGAGGGAGUCGUCCUCCAUGCCGAGGGACACCCUCGUGGAAGUCGCCCGCUCCUCCCUCCGCACCAAAGUCACCCGCAGCCUGGCAGACAUCCUCACUGAGGCGGUUGUGGAUGCGGUGUUGGCGGUGAGGAAGGAGGGAGAGCCAAUUGACCUCUUCAUGGUGGAGAUCGUUGAGAUGAAACAUCGGACCGACUGUGACACUACCUUGGUCCGUGGUCUGGUGCUGGACCAUGGGGCAAGACACCCGGACAUGAAGAAACGCGUGGAGAGAGCAUUCAUCCUGACGUGUAACGUGUCGCUGGAGUAUGAGAAGAGCGAAGUGAACGCCGGCUUCUUCUACAAGUCUGCUGCGGAGCGCGAGGCGCUGGUGAGCGCCGAGCGCCGCUUCACGGAGGAGAGAAUCCGCAAGGUGGUGGCACUGAAGCGUGCAGCUUGUGACGGCACAGACCACGGAUUUGUACUCAUCAACCAGAAGGGAAUAGACCCCAACUCUCUGGACAUGCUUGCCAAGGAAGGCAUCGUGGCAUUGAGACGGGCAAAGAGACGCAACAUGGAGCGGCUGAUGCUGGCGUGUGGAGGCCAGGCCAUGAACUCUGUGGACGACCUCACGGUGGACUGCCUGGGCUACGCGGGCCUUGUCUACGAGCAGACCCUGGGUGAGGAGAAGUUCACGUUCGUGGAGGAGUGCAGGGUGCCGCAGUCCGUCACCCUGCUGGUGCGAGGGCCCAGCCGCCAUGCCCUGCAACAGGUUCGGGACGCAGCGCGGGACGGCCUGAGGGCCGUCAAGAACGCCAUCGAGGAUGGCUGUGUGAUUCCGGGUGCCGGUGCGUUUGAGGUGGCCGCUUGGCAGGAGCUGACGGCCUUCCAGCCCCAGGUGAAGGGCCGUGCACAGCUGGGCAUCCAGGCCUUCGCCGAGGCCUUGCUGAUCAUCCCCAAGACUUUGUCUCACAACGCGGGCUACGAUGCUCUGGACACGGUGGUGAAACUCAAGGCAGAGUUGGCGCAGACGAAACAGCUGGUCGGGGUGGACCUGAACACCGGGGAGCCCAUGGUAGCGAAGGAUGCCGGAGUGUGGGACAACUACUGUGUUAAGAAGCAGAUGCUCCACUCGUGCACGUCCAUCGCCAGUAACCUGCUGUUGGUGGAUGAGAUCAUGAGGGCCGGGAUGUCGUCACUCAAGGGCUGAGCACAGCAGCCUCCAACUCGAGUGUCACACACAGUGACACACACACAGUGACACACACAGUGACACACACAGUGACACACACAGUGUCACACACA